AAACGUGCACAUUCAGCAAAGAAACGUGCUAGAAAGAAACAAAAAUUGAUGAAAGAACACGAAAGAAAAGUUAUUGAAAAAUUGAAUCCUGGUUUAGGAAAUAAAUAUGCUAAACAAAAGGUUAUGGAUUCACUUAUGG